AAAAACAUUUGUACUAGGUAGUGGGAAGGUGAAGUAAUGCUCCAUGGAUGUAGAAACUAAAGAUAGAUAGAGGUAAGUUGGAACCAAUGCAUGUGCUUGCUGGGUCUAACUCAAACAACAGUACGAACUGCCUCCGCAGUUCAUUUAAUUGACUUGGUAGAAUUACACUGUUACUUGAUUAGCGAUGUAUCGUGCAAUUGAUAGUAUAUAUGGAAGAGAAAGCGAGAGACGGAGAGAGAGAAAAGUGGUCCAACUUAGUCUAUGGCUGACUGACACCCAGAGCAGCCGUGUUGAUAAGGAGUAAAACACUGGCCAAAAAUUUUAUUAUUCUCUUCUCUCUUUCAAAGCAUCACUUCUCAACCCAAAUUGAAGACUUGUGCUGUCACCGCGAUUCACAUCUAGUUUAGGACACUCCAAUUUCCUUCCUCCGGUUUCAAGCAUGAUGUCUGAAGAAGCAAUUUCUGUUCCUUCCAAUUCCAACCUCAGAGGCUCCAUGGUUCAAAUUCAUGACCCAAACUCCAACUCAAACCCUAAUCCUAACCCUAAUUCAAAUCCAUCAGUUAAGAGAAAAAGAAGUCUACCCGGAACACCAGAUCCAGAUGCAGAAGUGAUUGCUCUGUCGCCAAAGUCACUGAUGGCAACGAACCGAUUCAUCUGCGAAGUGUGCAACAAGGGUUUCCAGAGAGACCAGAACCUGCAGCUGCAUCGGCGAGGGCACAAUCUGCCAUGGAAGCUGCGGCAGAGAUCGAAGCAAGAGGUGGUAAGGAAGAAGGUGUACGUGUGUCCAGAAAAAAGCUGCGUGCACCAUGACCCUUGUAGAGCCCUUGGAGACCUCACUGGGAUAAAGAAGCACUUCAGCAGAAAGCACGGUGAGAAGAAGUGGAAGUGCGACAAGUGCUCCAAGAAAUACGCAGUUCAAUCUGACUGGAAGGCCCAUAACAAGAUUUGUGGGACUAGACAGUACAAAUGUGACUGUGGUACAAUAUUCUCCAGGAAGGACAGCUUCGUGACGCAUAGAGCCUUUUGUGAUGCCAUGGCGGAACAAAGUGCGAGAAUGACUUCACUUCCAGGAGUUUUAUCAAACUUUGGAAACGAUAUUCUGAUCAACGCUCAAGCACCGAGAAUGAUGCCUCAGGGUUUACAAUUACAAGGGUUUCAGCAAGAAUUUGGUGGGCCAGGCCCAGAACCAUUCAUGGGAAAUUUUACGGAUGCAGACCAUGACCAGAAGCUAAGGUUACCACUAUGGUUGGACCAGGCCAAUCCUCAACUUCAUCACCCUCUAAACGUUCCAAGCAACUCAAGUGUGUUCUCAUCAGGAACUGGAACAACCAUGCCUGAAGCAAACAUGUUUGGGACAUCGCCACAGGCACAGUGGUUGAAUUACCGUCACCCAGAAGCAUCAUUUACAAGUGCUAAUGUGUCUAUGCCACAUGUGCUGAAGCUAGAACAAGAAGAAAACAAAAGGGACUUGUCGCAUAGCGUGAGCUCUUUGUACCCACAUGGAGGCCCAAGUCACAUGUCAGCUACUCCAUUAUUUCAGAAAGCAGCCCAAAUCGAAUCUUCGAGGAUCAAUGGUAACUCACCUUUCGACACCUCAAACAAUGCCUUUGGCUUGUUGGGCUCGAAUAUCUCAAGCACUUCCAUCAACAACCGUAAUAAUAACGUUGUUGAAAUUCAAAAAAUUUUCAAGCAUGCAAGUCACGGUGACAGCUUCAACCAUAUGGUGAAUUCCCAAGCAAGCACCAACGUUGGAGGUGGGUUUUCAUUGCCUAGUACGAAGGGUUUGGAUCAUACGGUAAUGCCACGUAACAAUGAAGAGUGGCAGUGGGGACAAGCACCAAUAAUGGACGAGCAAGUGCAUUCAAGUUCAAACAAUCAAGACCACUUGACCAAAGACUUCAUGGGCGUUGGAGAUGAUUCAUUAAGCAGAACAUUGCAGCAAAAUCAGUUCAUGAACCUGCAAAGCCAGUUCCGUGAACAUUACUGAUAUGAUAGAGUUGCAUGUAUUGAAAUAGCUGUGAAUUAAGCUAGUAACGUUGUACGAUACAUAGCUGUUAGCAGCAGCAGAAAUGUACCACAAUUCACGAUAUAACGAUGACAUUUGGGGCCUGAUACUGAGUUAGAGCGAGGUAGCAUGCAAGUGAUCGAGUCAACUCGGAAUCGGAGCCAUGCACAGUAAAACAGCUGGGAGAUAUCACAUGAUGAAAUCGAUAACAUAAAGACAUCCCGUGAGGGACGUGGGGGCCAUUGCAUUUUGGAACAGACAAUAUAUAUUCUCUCCAUUAUUCUAUGCUUAUUGUUGUAUAUUGUUAAAAAAGAAAUUUCCUACUUUUCUUUAUGUUAUCGCUUCCCCUAGUUAAUUAUAUUGUAUCAUAGGUUAUAGAAGCAGAAACAUACAAAGCGCUUUCCUCCAUGCAUGUCGUAGAAGAAAAUAGCACUGUGCUACUAAUUUUAUUUUUCCUUUUUAACUUAGUCCAUGCUCUAACAUUGAUACAACUUUACAGCGUCAGAUAUGGUGGCUAGCUAUGACCUACCUUUAAUUUGUUUUCAGUGACCUUUUGGAGGCCGUGAACUGCUUUCCACCCUCAAAUUAAAAAUUAUAUAAAGAGGUAAAUGCUU